CUGAGGCAUCAUUACAAGUUCUGUUUCAGCUCCUAAAAAGACAUACGGGAACUACAGGAUCAUCAGAAGAACAGGCAAACCAGAGAGACAGGUGCAGAGGAUGUCCAGAGGUGACUGGGGUUUUCUAGAAAACCUGUUAGAGGAAAGUCAGGAGUACUCAACUGGUGUGGGGCGUGUGUGGCUCACUGUCCUUUUUCUCUUCCGUGUCCUCGUCUUAUCUACUGCAGCUGAAUCUGCAUGGGAUGAUGAACAGUCUGACUUUGUCUGCAACACCAAACAGCCUGGCUGUGAGGCGGUGUGCUACGACAAGGCUUUUCCUGUUUCCCAUUUCCGCUACUUUAUUCUGCAGGUUAUCUUUGUCUCCACGCCCAGCAUUUUAUAUUUUGGCUAUGUGGCCCUAAAGCGAUACAAGAAGCCAGAAGAGGAGGAGACAGAGGUAGCAGAGGAGCAGCAUGGGAGACAAAGGGAUAGAAAAGCCAAAGAAAUCAAGCUAGACGUGAUACAGGAAGAGGAUGAAGAUGGGGAAGAGGUGCGAAAAGAAAUGGUACUUCCAAGGUAUCCUAAGCUCAAGGGGAAGCUACUAGGUGCAUACACUCUCAGCAUAGUUCUGAAGAUUCUAAUUGAGGUUGGCUUUAUUGUUGGUUUGUGGUUCCUCUAUGGAUUUGUAAUUCCACCCAGGUAUGAAUGCCAGCGAAGUCCCUGCCCCCACACGGUGGACUGUUUUGUCUCUCGGCCCACUGAGAAGACCAUUUUCACGAUAUAUAUUCAGGCCAUUGCUUUAUUCUCGGUGUUGCUCAAUGUUGUAGAGCUUUUCUACCUUCUUCAACUGUUCAUCACACAUUACAUUGAGAAGAAGUACCGAUAUCAGCGAGAGGUUCAUCAAGUAAUAGAGAGAACUCCAAAAAAACUGCAGCUGACAGAGGUUCAGGCUCGAGAUUAUCAGGAAAAAGGCCAUCUCCAUCUUCCAACAGAAAAUGGCAGCUAUGCUCAUUCGGUCACGGACUGGACUGAGAGUGAGCCACACCCAACAGAGGACAUGCUUCCGACAUACUUAAACUGUAUCAGUAAUACCACUCAUAAAGGUCACUCCAAAGAGGAUGUUCACACCAAACCCAAUAAGAGUGAUCCUAAAGAGAGGCACUCCAAUGAUAAACAAUAUGUAUGAACUUCGACAACCAGUGUAAUGGAUCCUGUUUUGGAACAUCAGAAGGCUGGAUGAAAUUCCACUUUUUGGUCCCAACCCAUUACUGUGAGACAAUUGCCAUUUCCUCCUUUUCCUGUUUGGACGACUGGUGGAAUGUACUGUGCUGUAGACUAAACUGACUUUUCUAGCAUGAUUUAAGGAUGGGCUAGAGAUAGGUGGUAAUACUGAUUGAUAAGAAUUUGACUAAACAGUAGGGUUUCUGAGAACCAUAUGAAGUUUGAACGUACAAAGAUUUGAGGCAAUCUGCUCAAUCAGUGAAUAAGGUACAGUGAAAAAUCAUAAUUUAAGAAAUAGUCCACUGUAGAGUUUUAAGAUUUUGCCUGCUAAUGAGCCGAUGUGUGUGUGUUCUGUUCACAUUAACUAUAAAUAUACAAUGUUAAUGAACAAAACCAUAAGGCUGCACCAUAAAGGUUUGAACAUUAGUGGGGACCGAAUGGCCACCACUCGUCUUCUUUAAUUAUAGUAUUUUACAAUUAAUAUGUAAAAUCUCAGGUAGCUACAGUUUAAGCCUAAUCACUAAGCCAGUGUAAAACAUAACUUGAGACCCCAAGUCCAUCUGCUUCUGGGCUGUUUUUGUGUUCAUUUUUGUUUUUAUAUAUUUAUUUUUUUGUCUCUGUUCUAUAAAUCCACAGCUGGUACCUGCUAGUAAUGUUGGAUAACAGCAGUAUAUGUUUUGUAUAUGCUUCGCAGUGUUAUUAUUUUCUAAUUAGGAUUAGCUAGCUAGCUCGUGCCAAAGUAUCUGCUAGUAGUAUUCCUUUACUGAAAAACCUUGCAAGCCGACUUACACCCUGGGUGUAUUUCUUUCUUUGUAUGAAGAAAGGGUUUUUUUUCAUACAAACUUUGUUAUGGAUUUCUAUUUUAUGACUUCUACAUUAUCGAGUCAGUACAAAACAUUUUAGAGAUUCAAACAUUUGUUUUCCAGCACAAAAUUAAAUCUGACAGAAAAAAAAAACAAAAUUGUAUCUGAGCAGCAUAUUACAUAAGAAAGCACUUUUCAGAUUAAAAAAGAAAACAUAAUGAGGGCUACUGGGUUUUGCUGCAAAAUUAAGAAGCAAGUGUGACAGUCAAAGUGUCCAGAAGAACUGUGGCUGGUUCUGUAAAAUGCUCAGUAAAAUCUACAGCACAUUUCUUUAUAAAACUGCACUCAUUGUACCUGAGACUAUUAUUUUUUUUUUUAAGCAAAGGGUCGUUUCACACCAAGUAUUGACUUUGUUUCAUUUAUUAUGGCUUAUUGCUGUUUAUAGUUUUUUUUUUAAUGUUGAAACAUUUCAUUUCAUUAUUUUUAAUCCAUUUUUGGUCGACAGCAUUUCUUUUGCACAGUACUAAUAUACAACCCCGAUUCCAAAAACGUUGGGACAAAGUACAAAUUGGAAAUAAAAACAGAAUGCAAUGAUGUGGAAGUUUCAAAAUUCCAUAUUUUAUUCAGAAUAGAACAUAGAUGACUGUGGCGGGUACAAUGGGUGGGUGGAGCACAGAAGACGGCAGGACAGAGAUCAGGAUGCAAUACAGGCUUUUAUUGCCAAACUUUUCAGUCUAACACUCAAAAGCAACACUCAGAGACUGACUCGCGCACACACACACUAUAGUCUCCUCUCGGCAACAACUCCCCUCCGCUCUCACUCUCCCUCCUUAAAUAGGGCGCGGUUUACUGGGGAGAACACACAAAACACAGGUUAAUUACACUCAGGUGUAGCGAUUCUGCCACUUACCUUCCCCAACUCCGCCCUCCUGUCACAGACCGGCGCUUGACCACGCCCCCGCUGCCACAAUGACAUAUCAAAUGUUUAAACUGAGAAAAUGUAUAAUUUAAAGAGAAAAAUUAGGUGAUUUUAAAUUUCAUGACAACAUCACAUCUCGAAAAAGUUGGGACAAGGCCAUGUUUACCACUGUGAGACAUCUCCUUUUCUCUUUACAACAGUCUGUAAACGUCUCGGGACUGAGGAGACAAGUUGCUCAAGUUUAGGGAUAGGAAUGUUAACCCAUUCUUGUCUAAUGUAGGAUUCUAGUUGCUCAACUGUCUUACGUCUUUUUUGUCAUAUCUUCCGUUUUAUGAUGCGCCAAAUGUUUUCUAUGGGUGAAAGAUUUGGACUGCAGGCUGGCCAGUUCAGUACCCGGACCCUUCUUCUAUGCAGCCAUGAUGCUGUAAUUGAUGCAGUAUGUGGUUUGGCAUUGUCAUGUUGGAAAAUGCAAGAUCUUCCCUGAAAGAGACAUCGUCUGGAUGGGAGCAUAUGUUGCUCUAGAACCUGGAUAUACCUUUCAGCAUUGAUGGUGUCUUUCCAGAUGUGUAAGCUGCCCAUGCCACACGCACUAAUGCAACCCCAUACCAUCAGAGAUGCAGGCUUCUGAACUGAGCGCUGAUAACAACUUGGGUCGUCCUUCUCCUCUUUAGUCCGAAUGACACGGCGUCCCUGAUUUCCAUAAAGAACUUCAAAUUUUGAUUCGUCUGACCACAGAACAGUUUUCCACUUUGCCACAGUCCAUUUUAAAUGAGCCUUGGCCCAGAGAAGACGUCUGCGCUUCUGGAUCAUGUUUAGAUACGGCUUCUUCUUUGAACUAUAGAGUUUUAGCUGGCAACGGCGGAUGGCAUGGUGAAUUGUGUUCACAGAUAAUGUUCUCUGGAAAUAUUCCUGAGCCCAUUUUGUGAUUUCCAAUCCAGAAGCAUGCCUGUAUGUGAUGCAGUGCCAUCUAAGGGCCCGAAAAUCACGGGCACCCAGUAUGGUUUUCUGGCCUUGACCCUUACGCACAGAGAUUCUUCCAGAUUCUCUGAAUCUUUUGAUGAUAUUAUGCACUGCAGAUGAUGAUUUGUUCAAACUCUUUGCAAUUUUACAUUGUCGAACUCCUUUCUGAUAUUGCUCCACUAUUUGUUGGUGCAGAAUUAGGGGGAUUGGUGAUCCUCUUCCCAUCUUUACUUCUGAGAGCCGCUGCCACUCCAAGAUACUCUUUUUAUACCCAGUCAUGUUAAUGACCUAUUGCCAACUGACCUAAUGAGUUGCAAUUUGGUCCUCCAGCUGUUCCUUUUUUUGUACCUUUAAUUUUUCCAGCCUCUUAUUGCCCCUGUCCCAACUGUUUUGAGAUGUGUUGCUGUCAUGAAACUUCAAAUAAGCCAAUAUUUGGCAUGAAAUUUCAAAUGUCUUACUUUUGACAUUUGAUAUGUUGUCUAUGUUCUAUUGUGAAUACAAUAUCAGUUUUUGAGAUUUGUAAAUUAUUGCAUUCCAUUUUUAUUUACAAUUUGUACUUUGUCCCAACUUUUUUUGGAAUCGGGGUUGUGUAUAUAUAUAUACACACACACACACACACACACACACACACACACACACACACACACAAGGUGUAAGGAUUGACAAAAUUCCAACAUUUGGUCAAUGGAGAUAAUGUUACCUAGAACUAUUUAGAUUGCUCUUCGCUUGGCACAUAGCUACUAGCUAUCUAUUUGUAGUUAAAUAAAACUAGUGAAUUAAAGCUACUUUACUUAAGCAACAGUGAAAAUCGUCUGUACAAAAAAUUUUCAGAAUGUUAUAUUAGGGAUAUUUCACAAUUCAAACUACGAUAUACACAUACCUUGGAAUUAUGUUCCAAAUUUCCAGCAGGCAGCUAACUCACUUUAUCAGCUAGUAUGCUUUAUGUUCACCUGCCUUUUUCUCACCUGCUCUUUCCUGAUAUUUUUUUCUAGUAGAGGUGAGGGAGUAGAGGAAGUAGGGAAGGGGAGUAUCCACAAACGAGUGCCUUUUUCCAAGCUGUAAAAAGCAUUUCAAAUCAAUGUAAGCCUUUAUGGAGUUGAAGGGGUAUCGAUCUCACCAAGUCUCUCAGGCAAACUCUAUGAUGUACAGUCAUCCACAACAUUAACAAAGAAGUAUAUUUCUACUUGCAUUUCACAAACAAAGUGAACUACUGUAUGUACCAGUUAAAUAUGUGAAUUUAAAAAAGGAAAUAUAUAUCUAAAAUAUUUACUAAAUUAAUUUUUUAAUUUGUAUUUCAUAUUUAUUCUAAUUGCUUCUAAUACAGUUUAUUAAUGUUGCCUUCCUGUGUUGGUCAAAAGUUCUUUUGUGAGAUGAACUAAGUGUAACAGUAAAAGAGUAAUAGUAAACAAUAUUGGCGUGCA